GCUCGCGCCACCGUGAGGGCGGAGAAAAAAGACGACUGCCCGUGUAGGGAAUCCGAGACGAGCUCCGAGAAGUGCGCGUGCGCACUGACCCCGGCGGACCCUAGCAACCAGAGCAGUGACAGUAGCAACCGCCGGAAUGGCGAAAGCAACAACAAUCAAAGAAGCCCUAGCCAGAUGGGAAGAGAAAACCAGCCAGAAGCCAUCUGAAGCCAGAGAGAUAAAGCUGUAUGCCCAGAUCCCCCCUAUAGAGAAGAUGGAUGCAUCCUUGUCCACGCUUUCUAAUUGCGAGAAGCUUUCACUGUCUACAAACUGCAUUGAAAAAAUUGCAAACCUGAAUGGCUUAAAAAAUUUGAGAAUAUUGUCUUUAGGAAGAAACAACAUAAAGAACUUAAAUGGACUGGAAGCAGUAGGGGACACACUAGAAGAACUGUGGAUCUCCUACAAUUUUAUUGAGAAGUUGAAAGGGAUCCAUGUAAUGAAGAAAUUGAAGAUUCUCUACAUGUCUAAUAACCUGGUGAAAGACUGGGCUGAAUUUGUGAAGCUGGCAGAACUGCCAUGCCUAGAAGACCUGGUGUUUGUAGGCAAUCCCUUGGAAGAGAAACAUUCUGCUGAGGGGAACUGGGUUGAAGAGGCAACCAAGAGAGUGCCCAAACUGAAAAAGCUAGAUGGUACCCCCGUAAUUAAAGAAGAUGAGGAAGAAGAUAACUAACACUACAUUUUCCACUUUGUGUUAACUUAUUUAAAUGUCAUAAGAAUAGAUAAGUUUUGUAUAGUUGUUUAUUUUAAAGAUUCUGUGUGGGGCAAAUGGUUCUUAAACCUCUCAUUCCUAUCUUUUAUUCUCUUAAACCUAUUCAGUAUCUCUCCCCCACAACAACACCAACCUUAUAUAUUCUAGUUCUCUUUUUAGAAACUACACAUUUUCAGUUUUUGUCUUCAGUCCCAGUUACAUACUGUGUGGCCCCAUCUACUGAAACCUUUAUAGACCAGUCAUUUUUAAUAACAAAAGAAAUAUGUUGCUUUAUUCAGUUUGUUUAGAUUUGUUUUAGGCCAGACAUUUAAAUAUAUAUACUUAACUAUUGAAUCUGUAGGCCAUCUUUCCUGAAGGUCCAUCUGUUUAUGACUCAGAAGCACAAAUAUGUCAUGCCUUUGGUUCGGGAAGAGUUCCUGUUAGAAUUACAGCAGCAGCCCUAGAAUCAAGACACCAAAGUCGAAUUGGAAAAGUUAGGGUGAGAAAAGGAAAAAUUAGAACCUUGGAGGCCUUAUAAGCCCAUGUUGUAUUUACUUAUCUUUUGUUCCACAAGUGUGCGCAUUGUCAACUGGAAUUUACGUUGUGUUGACCUGCAUGUCCACUCAAGUCCUGUACACAAUCAGCCAGUUGUUCUGUGAUCCGGGUCAGUGGUUAAAAUGACUGUCAUGAUCACUCCUUUGACCUGUACUUUGGCCUUAUUACACAUGUGGACCUAAUCUUAGGCACACUUUUUUGGUUUAUAGUUCCUUAUUUGUUAGAUAAGGAAAUGUAUAUAAGCAGUAGUUAUAUUUGAAUUCCUAGCUUAAAUGUUGGCCAUUCAUAUUUUUUAAAAUUUGCCCUAAUAACUUCAGACUGUUGACUGUCACGUUGAAAGAAGUAAUUGUUGUAAAGGUAAAGAACUUAAAAGACUGGAUUUGGUAUCUUUCAAUAAGUCAAAUUUAGUAUUUCAAAGUAUAUUUUUAGAAAUGUUUAAGUUAAACAGCUCUAAAAAUAAAUUAUGUAAAUGGUUGUGGAAGGAAAAGAUGUUUCAUUAUGGAAUCCUAGGCAAAUGGCAAUAUUUUUAAGGAUUGCCUCUUCUGUGAAGGAUACUAGGUGAUUUAACCUCAGAACUGCAAAGCAAUAGCUGGAUGCAGAGUUUAGAAUUUAUCAUAUAAGAAAAAUUUGUUUUUGGAAAAUGCAAGAUAUGGUAGUCAGUAAUCCAGAUGAAGUCCAUAGUAGGCUGUGACUGAGUCACUGAUAGAUUGCAAAAAAGAAGUUGAGGCCCUCUGCCAAAUUGUGCCUGAAGUCCCUCAGCCAGAGAUUAUUAAUGGUUGCUAUUAAUAUUUCCCCAUUUACAUGUGUAAAACCAGUCAAAGAAACAAAAGUAGUCCUGGCUUUCAGAAGUUUGCAGCUAUUUUAGUAGGAACUACAUGAUUUCUCUGAAUCACUCUGAUCAAAAGGGACCCACUGCUUUGACAAUCAAUUCUAAAUAAAAAUCCAGUACUUUUUUAGCUUCCUUAUGCUCUUCCUUAGUUUGAUAGGAAGAAAUCUUUGCUCUGACUGGCUUAUACAUUCAGAGCCUUUGAGUAUUUUUUUCCAAACCAUAGGCAAUGAGAAUUACCCUUGGUGAUACUUAAGGCCCAUAAACUAAGAGGGAAGAUGAUCUUCUUUUCUUGUACUUUGCACUUCAUCUAGUAGGUAAGCUUGAAGCCAUAUUGCUAUGCAUGGAUGUAUUUCAAAAGUUACGCUGGAAGUGAAUAUAAUAGGGAAUGAAUGAAUGACUUCAUAUUGAAUUUAUUUAUAAAAUGGCUUACACUGUUGAUUGAUUUUUUUGAAUUCUGUAGUAUAGAAACUAAUUUUCUGUUUCUCCUUUUUUUAAAAAAAGUUUUAAUUGGAGGAUAAUUGCUUUAUCUCCUUGUUUCUUAAUGUCUUUUAAUCACUGGUAGUUCUCAGAGAAGUGUAAGGUGCUUUUCUGUGUUAAUUUCACACACAAUUUAUAGUUCAGUUUCACUCAACAA